AUGCCGGCGGCCGGCGGCCCAGCUCUCAGAGGCGGGAGCGCGGCGGCGCGGGCGGCGGCGGCGGCGGCGCGGGGCGGCCGGCGGGAGGCCGCGCCCGCCGCCCGCCCCGCCGCGCUGCGCCUGGCGCUGGAGCAGCUCUCGGGGCUGGGGCUGGGGCUGCGCGGCGCGGGCGGCGCGGGCGGCGCGGGCGGCGCGGACGACGAGGGCGCGGGCGGCGGGGACGGCGCGGGCGGCGCGGACGGGGCGGCGGAGCCCGCGCCCCCCGACGGCCGCGAGCCGGCGGCGCCCGCGGGGCCCGAGGCCGCGGCUCCCGGCCCGCUGGCGCUGCUGGACCCGGGCGGGAGCCCGCCGCCGCCGCCGCCGCCGCCGCCCCCCUCCCGGCCGCCGCCCGACGUGUUCGCCGGCUUCGCGCCCCACCCCGCGGCCCUGGGCGCGCCGGGCCUGCUGGCCGAGCAGAUGAGCGCGAUCGGCAGCCGCAAGAAGAGCGUGAACAUGACCGAGUGCGUGCCCGUGCCCAGCUCCGAGCACGUCGCCGAGAUCGUGGGCCGCCAGGGGUGCAAGAUCAAGGCUCUGCGUGCUAAGACAAACACAUACAUCAAGACGCCCGUGCGUGGGGAGGAGCCAGUCUUCAUCGUGACCGGCCGCAAGGAGGACGUGGAGAUGGCCAAGCGUGAGAUCCUGUCCGCCGCCGAGCACUUCUCCGUGAUCCGCGCCACGCGCAGCAAGGCCGGCGGGCUGCCCGGCACCGCGCAGGGUCCGCCCAACCUGCCGGGCCAGACCACCAUCCAGGUGCGCGUGCCCUACCGCGUGGUGGGGCUGGUGGUGGGGCCCAAGGGCGCCACCAUCAAGCGCAUCCAGCAGCGGACACACACGUACAUCGUGACGCCGGGGCGCGACAAGGAGCCGGUGUUCGCCGUGACGGGCAUGCCCGAGAACGUGGACCGGGCGCGUGAGGAGAUCGAGGCGCACAUCACACUGCGCACGGGCGCCUUCACUGACGCGGGCCCCGACAGUGACUUCCAUGCCAACGGCACCGACGUCUGCCUGGACCUGCUCGGGACGGCCGCCGGCCUCUGGGCCAAGGCCCCCAACCCUGGGCGGAGGCCCCCCGCGCCCACUGCCAGCCUCCGCGGGGAUCCGGCCCUGGGGGCUCCCGGGGGCCCCGAGGCCUUCUACGCAGGGGGCCGCGGGGGGCCGCCAGUGCCCGAGGCCGGCCCCACCAGUCCCUACGGAGGCGGCGGCUCGGGCAACGGGGGCUUCACGUUCGGCGGCGACGGCCCGGGGGCCCCGGCGGGGCCGCCCGCCCCCGAGGACUGUGACUUCGGUUUCGACUUCCUGGCGCUGGACCUCACCGUGCCCGCCGCCGCCACCAUCUGGGCCCCGUUCGAGCGCGCGGCGCCACUGCCGGCCUUCGGCGGCUGCUCGGCGGUCAACGGGGCCCCCGCGCCACCCGCCCCGGGCGCCCGGCGCAGCAGCGGGACCGGCUCGCCGCGCCACUCGCCCACGCUGCCCGAGCCCGGCGGCCUGGCCCUGGAGCUGCCGCUGGCCCGCCGCGCCGGCCCCCCCGACCCGGUGGGCGCCCUGGCCUGGCGGCCCUCGCAGAGCGCCCUGGCCUCCUUCCCCGGCACGGGCUUCUCGGCGGCCGCCCCGCCGUGCGCCCCCCUGGACCCCGGGGCCUCCGAGGGCGGCCGCAAGCCCCCGCCGGCCGCGUCCUCGUCCUCGUCGUCGUCCUCGUCCUCGUCGUCGGCCGCGCCGCCCCCGGCCGCCCCCGGCCCGGCCCUGGCGCGCGAGUGCGUGGUGUGCGCCGAGGGCGAGGCGAUGGCCGCGCUGGUGCCCUGCGGCCACAACCUCUUCUGCAUGGACUGCGCCGUCCGCAUCUGCGGCAAGAGCGAGCCCGAGUGCCCGGCCUGCCGCACGCCCGCCACCCAGGCCAUUCGCGUGGAGACGGCUGCCCGACGGCAUCUCAGUUCCUAACAAAUAAACAGUAUUGAGUCGACAGGUUAAAAUAAACCAGAGAGAAAAGGUCUGCUUGCACUUUUUAUUUAAGACUCCCCGCCCCCCAGGGUGAUCUUUUUAAGGAAAAAAAAAAAAGAUAUAUAUAUA